AUGGCUCCUACAGCAGACAUCGACAGCUCGGAAGAUGUCAAUGACUUUCUUCUGCGCAUUCGGGAACUAGGAGAGAAGCGCGAUAAGGAGGAUGAGGAACGCACGAAAAAGUUGGAGGAGGAGAUUUUGCAGGGGCGCAAAGAGAGACAGGCCCGAAGAGCUGAGCGGGCGCGAUCGAUUUCUCCCACAAAAGAUUCCCCCAUUCUUGAUGCGGCUCGGUUGAGCAUAUCCUCGACUCUCAGCCACCGUGCGAUCGAACCUCCCGAACAAUUUGGACCAUCUCUCCAUACCCCGAGUCGGGACUCGGACAGCAGACCCGAAUCCAUUGGGGAUGACACAUCAACAACCACGGACGGCGGCCGGAGAGGAUCCACACUGACCGGAGUCGAUGGCGAAAUACCAUCUAAACCCUUCUCACCUUUGCGGAGUAGAACGGGGACUCUGUCCUGGCAGCAAAGGCCAACAUCCCGUGAUAGCAACAGACAAUUUUUUUCAUCAUCUCCUUCCAGGUGGCGAGCCUUGUCCACAGCUUCGACGGAUGAGCAGAAUGUGAAUCGGAACUCAUCCGCAGCCUCACCCACAUUCAAGGAUGUUUCGUGGGCGCGCCAGACAGAAGGAAGCGUUUCCCCAACCCGCAGCAAACAUGUGGAGGACGAGAGACCACGGACACCGGUUUCCGAAGCCAAUUUCAAGCACCAAGAAGCCGAAAAGGAAUACACCCCAGAACCUAGAAAGGACACCGAUCACAUAGAGAGCGUUGAGGGACGAUCUCGAUCGCCAUCAAGAGCCAGUUCGACUUUUGCAGAAAGUAGUUUGGGCCACCGAUACUCAAGCGUCUCUUCUGUCUCUACCGCGACAGGACUCGGCUCUCCGCUGCCUCUGUUAAGCGCGCAGAAGCUGGAGCCCCGUAAGCCCGAAGAGGUCUUAGAGGAUCAGAUGUCUCUUCCUCCUUCUCCAAGGCGACUUUCUCCGGAACGGUCGACGUCACCGACAAAGGGUCUCGGCGGAUUUGUGCAGAGCGCCAUGAUGAAGCGAUCCGAUAGUGUGUCGAAAAGAUGGAGCGCCCAGCUUCCAUCGGGUCUAAGCCGGCCAAGUUCGGUUGCCAGCAGCCGUAACAGUUUCGUCGGGAAUGAGACCUUUUCAAACUCGCCCUCAUAUAGAUUGAGCCGCGAAGUUCCAAGCCUCUCAUCUCAGCGGCCGACUUCUAGCCAUCGGCCUACAUCGAGUCACCGGCCUGGUUCGAGCCAUAGCGAGGCAACUAUCAUAGACCCUGCCAGAGACGGUGGACGACCGGCAACCCCGCCAGUUCCCAUUCCCGAAAAACACGAGAGCAAUGCACUGAGUGACGAGGGGGCCGCUAGGCCCCCUCUCAGCCUUCACACGCGGUCGGCAAGCUCUGUUGAAAAGGGCCCAGACUCAAGUUCUUUGCCUUCUUCAAGUCCAGUAGUUUCCAGGACCAUGGAUCCUAGGAGAUGGAGUCCUACCAAAGCCAGCUGGUUGGAAAGUGCCUUGAAUCGCCCUCCUGACUCGCCGAAGCACAAGAGGCAGCAGUCCUUUCAACAACCGUCAUGGGUUAGGGAGAGGCAAUUGCGGAGCAGUGUUGAUCUGGGACGGACUUCCAGCUUCAAAGAAGUUACGCCCGUGGGGCUCAUGCGAACGGCUGCUCCGGGCACUCACUCCAAAUCAUCAAGCGUGUCUGGAAUUCCAAACCUCUUCUCUGGACCCGAUAUGGGCAAGGCCAAACCAGAUGAUUUCACCACCAAUAUGUCCUCUACUUUGAAAGAGCCCGGCCUUGAUUUCAUUCCCCAUGGGAACUUUCCAGAGGCCGAGCCAAAAGACAGCGAGCCGGCUGAACCCAAAGAUGAUCAUGCGACAUUCGAACCGCCUGAUGAUGUCCCCGCUAAUGAUGUCCCAACUCCUCCUUCUGAGCUGAAGGACAGCGUAGUCGAAAGUCAACUCAAGGACGGACCGAUAUUUUUGCCCAACGACAGCCAGCCGGCUCACAGCCCCGAAGACAAUGAUCAAGCAGCACCUCUGGAGGCGAGUGUGGAAGUCCCGCCCCUCGCCACAGCAGAUACAGGAACAGAAGUGGCAGAAGACAGCACUACGAAGCAUGCAUUGAGAUUGUCGACUCGAAGCCCUAUUACCAAGACCGUACUUGACAUGCCUCUUCCAUCUCCAACUCGCGACCCGCUUUUAAACAGGCCCAAGCCACAACCAGCUGUGAUCGAUUUCCGAGCUAACCUUCGACGCCGCGAAAUUGUCAAAGAUGAAGCGCCUAAAGAGGAGCCAGAAUUCAAGAACGUUUUCGGAAAGCUGAAGAGGGCGGGGGCAUCGACCUAUGUACCCCCCGAUGACUUAAAAGAGAAUAUCUUAAAAGGCAAGGCGGCGCUCAGUACGACGAAUGGUCCUCAGAAGUCGCCAAAGAUUGACGACUUGAAAGAAAGCAUACUCAAACAGAAGGAAGCAAUCAAAACUAAUGGGGGCUCAACUAGGCGAAACACUGCCGGAGAAAUGGACGCUCCCAUGAAAUUCGUCCCAGAAGCGAUUGCAAAGAGGAACAACUUGACCAAGUCUAUCAGUUCUAGAAGCAAUCUAUCCACCACUGACGCGCCAUCUCCACGCUCGCCACUUUCGCCGCUAUCACCUUAUGAGCCGCCGAUGUCUCUAGAACCCCAGGCUCUGAACCUUUCUCCUAUUCGGCCGGAUACCAAUGUUAGCAACGAAGUGACUCACGAUCUCGAAGAAACCGUCGAACUAUCUGAAACCUCGAAGGCUAGCUUUGACGGACAUCAACUUGGAACAGAGAGCGAAGCAGCUGAAAAGGAGGUCAAUUACAACAAGGUGGAAUCUCCCCUGCACGUCGAAGCGGAUUUGCCGACUCCAGAAGGUCAAGAGGAGGCUCAGGGCCAUAGAGACGUCUCCUCGGCUCGUUCAUCAGUUCAUUCAUCGGUGCGUUCCUCGGUGCAUUCCGUGCAAUCCUCAGUACGGUCGUCGGUGCGUUCUCUGUCUCCGGUGGAACUGGACCAGACUCCACAUGCGCCUGCUGCGGCUGAAAGUACCGCUGCUAAAAGUAAACUUGCAGGCCGAAUCAAUCCUGCCUUAGCAGGAUUUCUGUCUCGCGGGCCGCCUACCACUGGCAACGGCCCUGCCACGGGCCUCUCCAUCACUAGCAGCCUCUCAACGGGAAGCUCAGAACAGCAGGAGACACAAACCCCGGCCCCCCUCACGCACAUGACGAAAGGCCGGGCAAGAGGUCCAAAAAGGCGUCUGCCCAUUGGGGCGGCAUUUGGAUAUAACGAAUUGGCCGUAGCGACAGAAAUUGCGGGGGAACACCCUAAAGAUGGGGCUGCAAAUGAACAAGAUAUCGAGGAGAGACUCGCAGACGAGAGAAUCAAGGAGCAAGCUAGGCUCGCGGAGGAAGAGGCAAGACUCGCAGAGGAGCAGAGACUUGCAGACGAGAAGCUUGCAGCAGAGAAGUUUGCAGCAGAGAAGCUUGCAGAGGGAAAAGUUAAGGAGAGUACUGAGGUUGCAGAUAAUGCAUUGGAUGGCAAAGAACGUCGGUCGCCGUUUCCCGAAUUGGAAAGCCCCAUACUAGGCGCUUCGCAUGUUGAACUUCAACAAUCCGUGGGCGUCUCAAGUGGUUGGCCACUUCCUGACACGGAGGCUGGUUCUCAUACCUCUGUGUCCCUGGAAGGUGCAGGCGCAACCCAGCCCCCUGUUUCGCCAUUAUCUAUUGAGCCUAUAAUGAUCAAAAGAGUCACGCCGCAAUUGGUCGAUCAACAAUCUCUUUCGUCGCCCAAUGACCGGAGCACCGAGCCUCCAACACCACCAAUCCAGGAUUCUCCUCGCUUCGAAGAUAGCAAGAGUACUGGUCUUGUUGCCAGCUUGCGAAGCUCUCUCCUCGGAAAACCCCCUUUGCCUCCGAAAACCGCACCGUUGCCAUCUACCCCUGUGAGGAACGCCCCGACUCACUUUUCGUCACCUUCCCCUCGGGCUUCGCCCUUGAGAACCAGUUUUAAGGAGAACCUGGGCUCAACAUCGCCCGCACCGUACCAAAAGCCCGCAUCCUACUUUGCUGCUGUUGGGAUCAAAGGUGCUCCUUCUAGAGACAAAGCCCUACCUUCACCCCCGGUUCCUCCCAAGGGUUCUCGAGCCUCCGGCGAUCGAUUCUCCUCGCCACGAUCAUCAGCUUCGCUUGUCCCUUUGGCUGACGAAUCAUGGGAAGCAAUUUCCACUUUCUUCAGGCCCUUACCUAAAUCAAGUGAUCGCGUGAAUGCCGAUGCUCAGGUGCUGUUGGGGAAAGGCGGCGACGAAACGAAAAUCAGAACCCUCAAACGCCAGAUAUGGGAGAUCACAGGUGAUGGAAAGAAGCAAGAUCUUCCCGUCAAUCAAGAGUAUAUUCUGUACGAGGGAAGCAUGUACUUGUGCGUGCAUAUGUUUGAGGCAGACGGCAACGUGCGUUCUGAGAUCCACCUCUGGUGUGGUGAUGACGUUCCCGAUGCGGCCAUCGACGAUGCCCAGCCCUUUUCUCGACGAAUGGCGAAGGAAAAUGGAUGCAAGCUCGAAAUUAUUAAGCAAGGCAAGGAGCCAGCGCGGUUCAUUCAGGCUCUAGGUGGCAUUCUCAUCACGCGUCGUGGUUCUAGCUCACGAUCCAGUUCCUCUGCUAUUUUCAUGCUCUGCGGACGGAAGCACCUAGGACAGAUGGUGUUCGAUGAAGUGAACUUCUCGCCUAGCAGCCUUUGCUCCGGCUAUCCUUUCGUGAUCUCCGCUAUGUUCGGCAAGUUGUUUCUUUGGAAAGGACUCGGCAGCUCGGCAGAAGAAAUUGGUGCUGCGCGCUUGAUUGGGAUGGAUCUCGGCCUCACGGGUGAAUUCGAGGAAGUAGGUGAAGGAGAAGAGCCAGAAAGCUUCUUUGAAGUCUUCCCGCAGUACGAAAGGACGGCAGAUGAGAAGGGCGCCAAUGACUGGCGACUGAAGCCCAAGCUUGACCGGUAUCGCACGCGACUGCUUCGUGUGGACCAUGAGCUUGGUCAGCAGCGGGCUGGAUUCUGGAUGCGUCGAGCCGGUUCACCCUCCCCAAUUACUCGUCCAAACGAUACCGUGCAAGAGGUGGAUCCAUUUUGUCAGAAGGACAUCAAUGCCAAAGGAAUCUACGUCCUUGACACCUACUUUGAGAUUUAUGUGAUUGUGGGUGAACAAGCCUCAGCCCGCGCAGCUGAAUUCGCUUCAGCGGUCUAUUUUGCGCAUGAAUACAGCAUCCUAGCGGCCUCUUUCCAAGAUCGACCAUUCAUCCCGAAAACCUUCGUCUCCCUCGGCGGAGUUCCCGAGAGCUGUAGCAGUGUAUUCCGCAAGUGGAACACGAGCUCGUGGCAAAGUAUUCCGCAAGUGCUCCCUCUGAACGCGGCAAUCGAGGCGCUUCGCAACCCCUAAAUUCUGACCACCUUUACUUUCCUUCCGAUAUUCUCAAGAGCAUCAUACCCUGAUUUGUCUUCGGUAUCUCUCUUUCUUCUGUUUCUCUUCCUUUCUUUUCGUUUUGUCUGUCGUUGAUUAUAGCGUCUUUGCAUUUAGAUCGUGCAUAUACUGGUCCGCACCGGAAUGGUUCCUGGCAACAAGGUUUGAGGGGGAAGUGAUGGAGGUGUGAACAUAGAAAGUCUGGACAGUGGAGUGAAAAGGCGACCUUUUUUACGGCAAGUGUGUAUGUGUCAGUGUACAGUAUUAGGUUUAGGUUCAAGUUUUCAAACCAGCUUGGCAUUAUCAGAAGACUGCG